GACUCUUCGGGCGCCGGGUGUGUCCCUGGCCUGGAGCGUAGCCUCUGGGCCCUGCCUGAGCAGGCCUGCCUGGCGAGCUGGGACAUGUCCGGCCCCCGAGGGCAGUCUGUGGGCGAUGGCUGCAGUGGUGACGGAGCUGGAGCCCGAGGCAGCGGCUGCAGCUGCUGCAGAAGAUGCUACAAGAGAUGCUGCAGAGGAGGCUGUGGACACAGGGCCCAGGGCGCCCCCUCUCCUGGCCGGGAACCGCCUGAACCUGGACCUGUACCCUGGGGGCUGCCACCGGCUGCUGCAUCUGUGUGCCCAGCGGUCCCCUCAGCUGCUGCAGGUGGAGUUCCUUCGGUUGAGCACCCACGAGGACCCUGGGCUGCUGGGGGCCACCCUGGCCCAGGUGCCGGGCAGACUGCCUUGCCUCCGCUCCCUCGUCCUCAAAGGUGGGCAACGCCGGGAUGCACUGGGUGCCUGUCUCCGGGGCUGUCUCACUUUGCUGCCCGCCGGCCUGAGCGGCCUGGCUCGCCUGGCCCACCUGGACCUGAGCUUCAACAGCCUGGAGACGCUACCUGCCUGCAUCCCCCAGCUCCGUGGCCUGGAUGCCCUCCUGCUCUCUCACAACUGCCUCACGGAGCUGCCUGAGGCCCUGGGGGCCCUCCCCGCCCUCACCUUCCUUGCUGUGACCCACAACCGCCUGCAAACACUGCCCACAGCGCUGGGGGCCCUGUCCACCCUGAGGCGCCUUGAUCUGUCUGAGAACCUUUUGGAGACUCUGCCUCCUGAGAUUGGAGACCUGAGCAGCCUUGCUGAGCUCAACCUGGCCUCCAACCGGCUGCAGAGCCUCCCAGCCUCCCUCGAGGGGCUGCUGUCCUUGCGGCUCCUUUUCCUAUACAGCAACCUCCUGACCUCGGUGCCCGCUGGCCUUGUCCACCUCCCACUGCUCGCCCGGCUCGACCUGAGGGGCAACCAGCUACGGGAUGUGCCCCCCGAGUUCCUGGACACCCCCUUCGUGCGGCUACAGGGGAACCCCCUGGGCGAGGCCCUGCCAGGCCCCCUGAGCCCCCCAGGUGUGUUUGUUCCGGAAAUGCCCAGGUUGUUUCUGACCACGGACUUGGACAGCUUCCUGGUAACCCCCCAAGGCUGCUCUGUGACCCUGGCCUGCGGCAUCCGCCUGCACUUCCCUGCAGGGGCCGCUGCCACCCCCAUCACCAUCCGCUACCGACUGUGGCUGCCGGAGCCUCGCCUGGUGCCCUUGGGGCCUCACGACACGCUUCUCAGCCACGUCCUGGAGCUGCAGCCUCAUGGGAUGGUCUUCCAGCAGGAUGUGGGCCUGUGGCUGCUCUUCGUGCCCCCGAGGGCCCAGCGUUGCCGUGAGGUGGUGGUCAGGACCCUGAGUGAAGAGAGCUGGACUGACCUGGAGACCCAUCUGGAGGAGGAGGCUCCCAAGCGGUUCUGGGCUCGCUGCCAGGUGCCCCACUUUUCCUGGUUCCUCGUGGUCUCCCGCCCCAUGUCUGACAGCUGCCUGGUGCCGCCGGAGGGCACGCUGCUCCGCUCCUCUGGACAUCCCGGGGUCAGGGUCACGUUCCCUCAGGGGGCCACCGAGGAGCCUCGCCGGGUCCGAAUGCAGGUGGUGCGCAUGGCCGGCCGCGAGCUGCGAGCGCUGCUGGGGGAGCCCGAGGCGGCGGUGAGCCCCCUGCUGUGCCUCUGGCAGAGCGGCCCCCCCAGCUUCCUCCGGCCCGUCACUGUGCAGCUACCGCUGCCCCCCGGAGUCACAGGCCUGAGUCUGGACCGCUCCCGCCUGCACCUGCUCUACCAGGCCCCUCCUGCGGCCACCUGGGAUGACAUCACAGCUCAGGUGGCCCUGGAGCUCACACACCUCUAUGCCCGCUUCCAGGUCACACACUUCUCCUGGUACUGGCUCUGGUACACCACCAAGAACUGUGUGGGGGGCCUGGCGCGCAAGGCCUGGGCACGGCUGCGCUUACACCGAGUGAACCUCAUUGCGCUGCAGAGACGCCGGGACCCCGAGCAGGUCCUGCUGCAGUGCCUGCCCCGCAACAAGGUGGAUGCCACUCUGAAGCGGCUGCUGGAGAGGUACCGCGGCCCCGAGCCCUCAGACACCGUGGAGCUGUUUGAGGGUGAGAAGUUCUUCGCCGCCUUUGAGCGAGGCAUUGACGUGGAUGCUGAUCGUCCAGACUGCGUGGAGGGUAGGAUCUGCUUUGUCUUCUAUUCUCACCUAAAGAACGUGAAGGAGGUGUACGUGACUACUGCCCUGGACCGGCAGGCUCAGGCCGUGCGUGGCCAGGUGUCCUUCUACCGGGGCACGGUGCCCACAGAGGUGCCUGAGGAGGCCGAGGCCGCCCGGCAGAAGAAGGGCUCGGAUGCCCUGUGGAUGGCUACUCUGCCCAUCAAGCUGCCAAGACUGCGGGGGUCUGAGGGGACGGGGCAGCGGCCUGGCACUGGCCUCUCCCUGGCGCCUCUGAACCUGGGUGAUGCCGAGAGCGGCUUCCUGACCCAGAGCAACUUGCUGAGCGUGGCUGGGCGCCUGGGCCUGGACUGGCCAGCUGUGGCCCUGCACCUGGGCCUGCCCUACCGCGAGCUGCAGCGCAUCCGGCUUGAGUUCCGGGAUGACCUGGACGGGCAAAUCCGCCAUAUGCUCUUCUCCUGGGCUGAGAGGCAGGCCGGGCGGCCGGGCGCAACGCAGCUCCUGGUACAGGCCCUGGAGCAGAGUGACCGGAAGGACUUGGCUGAGGAGGUACAGGCAGUCUUGGAGCUUGGCCGCCAAAAGUACCAGGCUGGCAUCCUCCGCACAGGCCUGGCCCCUGGGGACCCCGCGCCACCCAGCCCUUUGGCAUCAGAGUCCCCAGAGCCCGCCCAGGCCUAGGCCCCACAGACUCAGCCUGGCCCUGGCCUGGCCCGGACCUUGUGCCUCCCUACCUCUAGUGGUUCCUCUUUCCACAAUAAAA